UGGCACAAGCCCCUUCAUGUACCCGGGUUUGUGGGCCGUGGAGAUCCUUCAUAGCACGGCGACCCUGUCCCCAGAGGGUGUCUGCGGCUUGUAUAGGCUCAGGCUUAUGCACCGUCUAAAUAUUUUCCUGUCCCACUUUGGCCACUCUGGCUGGGUGGGCCUCCUUUUUCUUUGCUGUUUACGAACGAGGACUUCCAUUUGGUGGUUUUCGAGUUGCAGCAAAUAUUUUGGAGUUCGGAAGAUUCAUUUUAUUACUUUCUAACGUCCUAAAGGUAGUCUGCAAUUUGAUUGAUUUACUGGUGUAUUCUUUUAUGGCUUGCAGAGAUUUAAUACUUGGUUUCCAUGUCGGUAAAGAUUCUUAACAAUGACUUGGUUACAUGAACAUUGUUGUUUUAUUGCUCGAAAGGUGAAUGUAUCUUGUAGAUGUGUGAACCUGAUUCUUAUGUGUCCAAGUUAUAU